AUGGACGACGAUGAUGUACUUGAAGUCGAUAGCCCUAUGGAGCCAGCCAUCGACAUAGACGAAGAUGAGGACGAGGAGGUGCCCAUCUUGAGCCUCGACGGUGUUCCGCAGCCCGCGAAGAGGCUCAAGCCCGAGAACAGAAACUUGCAGCUCGACUAUCCUAACAGCCUACCCUACACCUGCGAGACUCUUGAGGAGUUCGAUGCUCGUCUCGACCACAUCAUUCGCAGGCUGAUCGACUGCGUGCGCACCAAGGACUACGACAUUGGUCUUGUCCAGUGGAACCAUCGGCUGCAAUGCCUUUUGUCGCUGAAAUACCCCAUCCUCCGAAAGACGAGAGCCAGGCUUGCUCGGCUCUACUACGAGCUAGCUGUGCUCCCUGGGCUCAACACACGAUGCAUCGAGCUGGCUGCCAAUAUGUGCAUGACGCUCAUCGAGAACAAAAAGAAAUGCGACAUCAAGGACCUUGUUUUACCAUGGAGGCCGCUCUACAACAUUCUCGAAAAGGAGCUAUUCCCUAAGCGUCGCAGGACCGGGCUGACCAAUAUCGCCGACGUUCUCCUCGACCUCGCAGAGACUGCUCAGCGCUUCUUUCCACCCAGCGAGGCAGAUGACAUGCUGCAAACUUUCUUGCCCAAGAUGGACGGCUCCAACCUCAACUCGGUCAUUGCGACACAGGCUUUCCUCGUGCACUUCCUGCCCAUCAGCCACCCGCAACGAUGGCUCCCCACCAUGUUUCGCCUGUGGGAGAGCUUCAAUUCAUCCCUGUUCGACGAUCAGAUGCUCGAUCUGCUCGCUCGUCUGGCCGAGAUGCACGUCACGGAUCCUUUGAUAAGCUCAGCUUCGUCUGCUCGAAAGGCUGGCUCGCUUGCGGAAGCGACAGUGUGGCCAGAGGUUCAGCCUGCCGAAGCAGCUUCAGCACCGAAAGCCGACAGCGAUGAGCCAAUGCACGUGGAAGACUCAUCGCAACUCUCGGAAGCAAACGACUCUGCUGCAACGUCGGGCACAGCCAGCCCAUCAGGCCAACUCGGCCUCUUCAGCCAAAUCGGUAUCUUUACAGAGCAGCAGUACUCGCUCAUCAUGACAAAGUGCCUCAAAUCUGCUGGCCUUCCCGUCGGCUCGUCCAAAGCGGCCAAUGCCGCUCUCAUGGCCCAGUCUGCCAGUGUUCGAAGCGGUCCAGAUGCCGCAGCGUCUGGCGCUACACUCAAGAUGAAGAAGCCCUCAGAUCGUCUCCGGUCCUUUGCUGUCAUUAUUGCUUACUCGAUAGCAAAAGACGGGCCAAGCGUUGGUGAGUCCGCACCGGCAUCGGAUGUUCCAACCCCUGCAGAAAAAUGCUCGCCUAGUCCAUCAGGUGCCAAAAGACCAGUCGCCACCUAUCCAGCUGGCUCCAAGGCGCUCGACCAUCUUGCCAAGUUUGUUCAGGCCACUGAGAGCUACUUUCACCCUUCCAACUGGGGCAUGUGGCAGAUUUCGCUCUCCAACCUGGUACAGCAGAUCAUGUUUGAAUUUCUCAAGCGUGCGAAAGAGGAAGAACGUCCACAGUGCAAGACACCUCAGCAGUACCGUCUCACCAGCGAGAUGAAGACCGAGUUGGUCUCGAUUCUCCGCACGGUCUGUUUGCUUUCCAUGUUCUCCAAGGAUCCGCUCACCAUUGCGGCGUCGCAAGCCAGUUUGAAGAGGAUGGCCAUCCUCGCGCCAGAGAUGGUCUUUCCGGCCGUGUUGGAUCGCGCUUUCAACUCGCUAGAGGCGCUGGAGACUACUCACCGCACCAACGCCGUUAUCACGGCGCUCUCGACCCUUUCGCCCGUCUUCACGUCUCGUCAAUUGUAUCGAGCCGGUGGCAAGCAUCUGGUGCCGCUCUUACAACUCUGCAUUCCUGGUAUCGACCUCAACGAUCCCAUGAAGACCAUGAGCACAUGCAUGUUCGUCCUGUUGGCGACCCUUUCGAUUCGUAUUGAUGAUUUGACGAGGCCAGAGGCUUAUGCCGACGACGAAGAGGCGUUCGAGGCGAUCCCAGAUCAACCAGAGCUGAAAGUGGACGCUGCCGAAACUUCGGCGACAGCUGAGGACGAUGCGAUCCUGGCUUCGCCUGAGCAGGAGGACUACCAGUUGCGCAUCAGCACCGCCGACUUUGAUGCGUGGAUCUCGGCCUUCUUCCAGAGAGUCCUGUCUCUCUUUGAGACGCUUCCAGAGGAGGGCAAGGGCGGGCGAACGGGUGGAAAGUCCGAAGAACAAGUGAUCAACAUGAUCAUGGCCGCUUCUGACGCCGUCUGUCGCGCGAUGAGUCCAUAUUUGUUGCAGAGGUCGUUUGACAAGAUUGCAGACUAUUGCGCAACCACGGUGUCUGCCACAUCGGCACGCGUCAUCGGCUCGCUGGUCGGCUGCUUCGCUCGUGCGGACAGUAAAAUGGUGCUCAAGAGGCUCGUGCCGCAGUGCAUCGCCAACAUCCGUACCGAGAUCGCCAACGGGGCCAGCUCGACUCGGACCACCAGCACCAGUCUACCAGCGCCAAGCGACGCGGCAUUACACUGGAACCUUAGUGUACUGACGGGAGUCUUGAAUGGACCCGGCGAGAACCUGCUAGCUUACAAGGACGACUUGAUCGCGAUAUUGCAGCUUAUCACAACCCAUUGCAAGAGCGAAAGGGGCUACUCCUCGGGAGCCAAGCUGGUUCAAAAAGUCAUCUCAUCGCUGACAACCGUUUAUCCAAGGGAACAACGGUUUGUCAACCAAGAGACGUGGGAGAGCGAAGCGUUCGCCAAGCGGUCCCAUCUCUUCUGGGGGAAAAUGUACGACGAGAAGAGUGUCAAGAUCAACUGGCACCAGCCCUCGGAUGCCGAGAUCGGCAUGACGCUCGAGCUGCUCGACCGCAUUGUGAUCCCAGCUUUGGACAAAGUGGAAGCACUUCAAAUGGAAGCGCUUUCGAGGGACAAAGCUUGGUCCAACGACUUUUGCCGCUACCUGAUGGUGGUAAGGAUGGGGCUGGUCGGCAUGCCGACUAUGAUUGAAGAGGAUGAAGUCGGAGACGGACAACCGGCUAUGGACCUGGGCGAUGAAGUUCCCGAAUUCGUUGAGAUCCCGCCGCGCUUCCGCUCGCAUUUUUGCUUGGUCGACCGUCAAGAUGCUCGCUACCAGAAGGUAGCCGCGUUCAAAUUGCGAUGCGGCGAAGUUCUGCAUCUCGCCGCUCAAAGCACGCAGAACUCAGGAGCAGAGGACCAGAUCGAUUGCGUCAAGAUGCUUGUCCGAUCGAUCCGUUCAUACCUCACCUGCUACAGCUUCAACAGUGAGGACUACAAGGCUCACAUGCGCUCCCUCAGCUUCUUCCGCAAUGUCGCCAAGCUGUAUGCCAAACAGAAGGCUUUUCCACGCGUGCUCUUCAUUCGCCGCGCGGCCUUCUACAACACGAGUCGAGCAAGGCUGAACAGCUUCCAUCGCAAGCGAAGGCCAUUGACGGACAAAUUGAUCCUGCAUAUCCUCGAAUUUUGUAUGUCUAACUAUGUCGGCAUUCGACAGACGGCACAAAACACACUCGACACCAUUGGAGGCGUCUACGAUGGCACUUGGAUUCUCUGCUUGCCUAAGCUCAUCGAGGCCGUUCAGCCUGGCGUGCCUGACGACAGGAUGAAAGGUGCGCUGUACGUACUGGGUGGAAAAGGUGCUUCGUACCUUUGCAUUACGGACGCACGCUUCAGCGUCGACUACAUCACGAGCCUUCUUCAUGCUCAACAUCACUCCAAGCCUUCAAUACAAAAGCUGGUGCGUGGCAUCAUUAACGAUUUCAUCGUCCGUUUUGCCGAACCUUCAACCCUGACAGUCAAGGUCGACUCGUUUGCGCUCAACGAGGCCGCCGACAUUUUGGAGCGUGCACUGCCUGCUGAUCUGCAGACACCAGACGCAAAGCUCAUCGAGGCUGUGGCGGCCAAGCGACGCCUCCGUCUUGCUAGAAUCGACGACUUGCACAAGAAUCUUACCGCCGAAGCGUUAGACUUUGCACAAAAGGAGACGACACACUGGGCUUUCUCGAUUUUUGCAGCUCGGCUGUUGAGGGCGUUGGUACGCAAGGAUAGGCCGUUGCCCAAAGAGCCUGCGACGUAUUUGGCAGAGCAGAUGAUCUCCGAAAAUCCAAAAAUGCGCCACUGUGCUCAGGCGGCUGUUACCAAGAUCCUCUACUACAUCAAGCUGCGUACGCUCGCUCCAACGGACGAGGACCUCUUGCUUGGCCAAAGCAAGAACCCGCUCAAGCAUUCAGAAAAGCUUCCCACACCCGUUUCGAGCGAAUGGACACAGCAAUACAUUGCGGCCUUCGCCGAGCCCUUGACACCAGACAGCAAGCUGCGUGACAAGCCAUCACAGGGUUGGCUCGUUUGGGGCCAAGAGGAGGAUGUGUACAAUCCACCGCCUGCGGACGGCGUUGUGUUUGACUGGGACCCCAAAUCUCAGCCGGCCAUGGCUGCAGUGCGCACCAUACUCACGCAAGAGUCUUGGUGGCAAUCGUUCUGCCGUCAUCUAUCACAGGAGAAGGAACGGGAUUAUCCUGGGAGCGACUCGGUUACGCUGCUCAAGUCCAUCUUCCAGAUCUUCGGCGUCGAGCUGCUGCCAUUCAUCCAAACAACGACGGAACAGUACAUUCUCGAGAAGGAUCGACACAGGCAUCGGGCUGCGGCUGAGCUCAUCUGCGGUGUUUACCGCGGCGCCAAGCACUGGAACAUGAAAGACCAGGCCAAGCUGUGGUCGUGGCUCGAGACUCUGUUGCCAAAGAUCUUCGAGGGCUGUACACCCGACAGUCAACCAGCUUGGCAGUCAUGCAUCGAAUACAUGCUGCAGGCUCGCGAUCCGCGUCGUGCUCUUCCGCUCAUCCGAUACGUUGUGCAGGCGGCUCGCGACAAUAUCGGCAAGGACAACAGCACGGCUAGUCCUUGGGAGCAGGCCAAAGCGCAGAAUCUUUUGAGGGGAGCCAUGAUCUCGAUGAACCUGCAGUUCACGCCCUUUGGAGCCGAUGAGUUUAUCAACAUCUACUCGCAAAAUUUCGACAACCACUUCCAAGAGGUCAGGAGCGUCAUCAGCGAAGGGCUGGCCGAUUUGGAGCUGCUGCAGGUCUAUCCAUCGUUUGGCAGCGUCGAGCUGAUGCUGAACGCUUGCAGCACAGGUCAUGGGUCGUUGCUGUCGCGACCCGAGCUAUACAGCGGCCGUUUGGAGACGCUGUCGCAGCAAUUGGUGCAGUGGCGAAGCGAGAGGAAGCCGACAGCGGAAGGAACUUCCCAGUACGAUCGUGCUGCUAUGACGGCGCUGCUGUGGAUUUCGACGACCAUGGGCGACCAUCGAAACAGUGCACUGGCAGGCGAAGUAAUCAAGUACAUCCCGGAUAUCUUUGGCAUGCUCGAGCUGCAUGAUAACAAAGAGCUGUCUGCGCUUGCACGCGCCGUGUUGACCAAGAUCUCGACUUAUCCCUUUACGACAGAAUAUGCCGGCAGGCUGAUCGAGACGCUACUUGAGGUGACUCGAUCUUCGGUGGAUUCGUGGCGGGCACGACUCGACUCGUUGGCUGUGCUGCAGGUGAUGUACUUCCAGAAUCUGUUCUACCUCGACGAGAAGCUGGUCAACUCGAUCGUUGAGUUGCUGCUCGAGCUUCUGAGCGACAAGCAUCUCGAAGUACGCGAGAUGGCAGCGACCACUCUGUCCGGCAUCGUGCGCUGCUCUCAACGCCGACUGAUCAAGACGCUCAAGAACCGGUUUACUAAGACUGUUUCUUCCACCUUGGUGCCGAAGCGUGGCGAUGCCAACUACGAUUCACAGCUGCUCAAGCUUCAUUCGGGCAUUUUGGGCGCGUCGGCGUUGCUAGCUGCUUUUCCCUACGAGGUGCCUGAUUGGAUGCCGAGUCUGAUUGUCGAGACCGUGGCUCAGCAUACAGAUGACCCAGUGCCCAUUUCGACCACGGUGAGGAAGUGCGCGGCCGACUUCAAGAGGACGCAUCAGGAUACGUGGUCAGAAGACCAGCACAAGUUCGGCGAUUACCUGGCUGAAGUCAACGACUUCACCCUCGGGCAGGAGCGAUUACUUCGCUUGAUUUGUUGCGUGACGUUCACGAGACCUCAUGUAUAG